AUGUGGACGGGGCUUGGAAGCCUCGUUGCCGCGGCUGUGCCAUGGCCUUGGCGGAGGCGGCCACAGGGACGAAGCUAUGGAGGGAAGGAGCUCCCUCAUCUGCCGUUGGUGCUUCGCCUCUGGGAGGUGCUCCCCGGGCGGGGGCGCCGCGCGGUACCCGGCGGCGCCGCCUGGGAUGGGUCGGUGGCCAGUCGCCGCUUCCGCGUGCGCUGCGGUGGUGGCGUCGCUCCUGGGUCGUCGCUGUUCAGAGAUGCUGGCGCGACGGUGCUGGUGAUGGUCGGGGCCUACGCCCUUGUCCGCGCAUUUGACGUCCUCACCGCCCGUAAAAUUGUCGACCAGGUCUCUAUCUCUCUCUCUCUCGCUAUCUCCCUUUUCAUUCCAAAAAGGGUAAGCGUUUUCAUUCCAUAAAGGGUAAAGAGGGUCGGCGAGAGCUUGCAUUUUCCUCUGUUUCUUCUAUCUUAGUGCGAACUUUCUUCCAAAUUUCGUGGCUACCACCGAGCUGAAUGAAGUCGAUUUGGGGUUCAGCUCAGUUUGAAGUAAUGGAGUCGUGCUGAAUGAUUCAUAUAAUUAGGGAAAGGGAUAGGUUAAAUGAUCCACUAACCUCUUAGGAAUGGAGAGAUUUGAUGAAACACUUAAGCUUUUAGCUGUUUCUGAGGCAGUCGCCUUGAUUUCGAUCUUGUUACAAGUUGUAGAAACGAUGAGCAUGGAUAAUUAAAGGGUGAAAAACCGAAAUCUUGACCCAGAGCUCAAAAUCCCUGAUGUUCCUCUCCAGGGAGAAAAAUUAACCAAGGUUGAUAAUCUUUUGUUAUUAAUUCGAUCUGAGCCUUGGGCUCCCUCAACUGAAUCCAUUUAAGGUAAUAACAAAUGGGUAAUGGAUUGUGUUUUGGUAUCAGAAGAAACAUCGGAGAGCCCCACUGAAUCCUUUGAAGAUGAUCCAAACUGGUGUGCAUUCAGAUUUGUGGAAAUCUUUUCUUUGGUUUGGACAUUGGGAACUUGCUUUGUUUGUUUAAUUGCUAAUAUCAAACCCAAAAGCGUGGUGUUGAUCACUGUUCAUUUGGAGUCAGAUUAUAGGGCUAGAGUUGACUGAGCAUUGCAUAAAUUCUGAGGACGAAUGCUCUCCAAUGAAUAGUUCCUGAUGAAACAGAGAGGCCAGUCAUAGAAAAAAGAUUCUAUCAUGUCUCCUGGCCAUCAAUCUACAGUCUUCCUUCUCUCUAUAAUAAUCAGAUAUCACGGCUAAGCUGACUAGAAAUCUCUGAAAAAUCAGGGGAUAAUUUGGAAUACUAGUGAGGGUUAUUUUCAAGUUGAAAACUGUGGUCUUCCGUAAAGAAAGGCUUCUCAGAAUUCCUAUUUAUUUCCUAUCUAGGGCAGAAGGUGAGCAGAAAGGUCGUCCAUGUUCUGUCAGGGAUACUAUUCAUGUCUUCAUGGCCGAUUUUCAGGUGCCCCUUCCUCCCCGAUUCCUUGAAAUCCUCCAUGCAUACUGGUUUUACUUCUGAAUGUUACACUGAUAGCCAUCUUUCUGGUCCUCAGCUCCUCGCUGGAGGCCCGCCUGUUUGCCUCCCUGGUUCCCCUGUUAAACUGCCUGAGGCUUGUUAUUUAUGGCUUCUCCCUGGCGACCGACGAGGGGCUGAUCAAAUCUGUCACCCGAGAGGGGAAACCUGAGUACUCUCCCCCGCUCCUUCCCAUUCCUCUCAUCUGCUCACCUGCCCGCUUUGAACGCUGGAGAUGGGCUUUUUCUCUUCAAAGCUUCUUGUUUUUUCUUGCAGGGAAUUGCUCCGAGGCCCUCUCUAUUAUGUUCUUGUCUUGAUGUUCUGUGCCCUGAUCUACUGGCGGGAUUCUCCUGUGGGGGUCAUCGCCCUGUCUAUGAUGAGUGGUGGUGAUGGUAACCUCUUCGUCCAUUGGCUUCAUGUUUCUUCGUGAUCUGGCUCUGAUAAGGAGCCCACCCCUCCCCAGCCAGCCCCAACCCUCUUCCUCUUCGUCUUCGUCUUCUUGGUAGGGGUCGCCGACAUAAUGGGGAGGAAGUUUGGAGCGAUCAAGCUCCCGUACAAUAAACAGAAGAGCUGGGUCGGGAGCAUAUGCAUGUUUGCCUCUGGCUUCUCCCUCUCAAUGGGGUAAGUCUCUUAUCUGUUUGACUUUGUCAGUUUGUUCGGCUCCAAUUAGUCAGGAAGGGAAAGUCAACUCUGGGUUUCUGAUCUGCUUCCCUGCAGGAUGCUCUACUACUUCUCCUCUCUAGGGUACCUCGAGCUGGAGUGGGGAGAGGCGGUGAAGAACGUCGCCUUGGUCUCUCUGGCGGCGACGGCGGUGGAGUCGCUGCCCAUCACCGAUGUCCUUGACGACAACAUCUCGGUGCCUCUGUUGAGCAUGCUGGUGGCUUCAUUGCUUUUUGGCUUCCAAACCCACUGA